GAAGCGUGUGACUGUAAUAGUGCACAAAGUCCACACCCAAAGAGGAAUCAGAUUUAAGGUCAGAAAUCUUACUCGACACUUGACAGCUGAACAGCAGUGUCCCGUUCCACAGUAUCGUGGGAGAAAAAAGAACUUACUAAGUUGAGGAUCUUUGGUCUGUGAGAGCAAAUCUGUCAAUGGCUACACAGAACAUAAACUUCAUCACCUGGAAUGUUAAUGGACUUAAACAAAACAGAGACCAAAAAUUUCAAGAACUACAAAAUGCAGACAUUGCUUUCUUACAGGAGACACACAUUGGAACAGAAGACGAACACAUAGAAGACUAUAGGGAUGAGUGGCAUAUUUUCUACACAAAGUACACCUCCUCCAGCAAGGGAACAGCCAUACUAGUGAGGAAAAGACUAGAUUAUGAAUGCAUAGGUGUUGAAAAAGAUGCUUGUGGAACUUAUGUUGUCUUGAAAUGUAAACUGGAUGGUCAGCUGUACACUCUGGUCAGUGUUUAUAACCAUGAAACAGACACAAAAACCCUUGAUAAUCUUUCAAGAUACCUGCAGUCAAUGACCACAGGGCUACUGGUGAUUGGUGGAGAUUUCAACACAGUUCUAAAUCCAUUUAUCGACAAAAAGUGUAAAACAAGUGAGACAAUAAAGAAUGGAAAUCGCUGUAAACUGCUCUUAUCUGUGGAGAAGUUUAUGAAAUCUCUCCAGUUGGUUGAUGUCUGGAGAAGAAAGAACCCUAUAGAGCAAGAUUACACAUACUACAUAAAAGACUCUCCUGUGUCCAGACUGGAUUACUUCUUUGUUCCAGAAGAAUGUAUGUGGCGUGUCAGAAGUUGUGACAUUAAAAAAUCUAAGAGGCCCGACCAUCAGCCUGUGUCUUUAGAGAUCAACAACAUCCCUGCAAUGCCUUAUCAGAAAGAUCACCAGAGACAAGCAAUCUUCCAACAGCUGAAUCUAAAAAAAGAUCUUUUUACAGGUGAAAUAGGUUCAUCAGUGGGUGAAGAAAGCUCACAUGCAGUCAAUGAGGUUGACAUUAUAUCAGCUGUAAAUUCUCUUCAAGUCUCAGACACACCAAGACCAGACGGCAUCCCAGUUUCCUUCUAUAAAAACAACAUUCAAGAACAAAUUCCAUACAUAAAGAUGCUCUAUGACAAAAUCCACAGCGGUGCAUUUAACUGCUCUGAGAAACACUUUAAUGAAACCAUGAAAACUCCACAUGACAAUAGUCAACACUUCUUUAAUGUUGACUACCUCAUCAUCGCAACCAUUCUGUCAAAACGUCUGGAUGAUUACUUGGAUUCACAGUCAAAGGGUCGUGUACCAAAAAAUUCAGCUACUGUCAUGAUCACGCCCAAAACAUUCUGCACUGAGAUGAGGUUGUCUUGUAUUCAGGAUGAGAUAGAAAAGCAAAAACGGUCAAACCCGACUCUGUAUCAGGAUUUCCUCAUUGUGAAAAACCUUCUCAGAGAUGCACCAGAAGUAGAUACUAAAUCAGCAGAUGUUUUAAUCGAGAGAGACAAACUGCUGGAUCAGGGCUGCCCGCUGACCCCAGUUCUCAUUACACUGGCACUGAAAUGCUUUGCCUCUGCAUUAGUUGAGCAUUUAAAACAGCAUGACAUUCUGGUUUUCAAAGAAAGCGUGAUACUUUGCAUCCAACCUGAGGACCUUGAGAAUGUAGUAGCUGCUGUGAGGAACAAAGCUAAUGACGUGUUUUACAUUAAGGAAUUAUACAGAGGAAAUGUUAAUGCUAAACAAUUAAAGUGCUUGGGAAAGGAGUCUACAGCUGAGGAUUGGAAAAAAAAGGAAGCAGAAACACUCAAAGGCAAUGCAGAGAGUAGAGUAGAGGAUGGUGGAAGACUGACCAUGUAUGCAGUUGUUACUCUGCAAGACUCAGAUGAGGUGAUGGUGGUAGCAUCAAACUGGUUGAGCCUAGACAAGAAACAAUGUUACUGGCCUCCAUUCAAAUCAACAGAGAAGUGCAUGGAAGCUGCUCGGAACAGAAUUAAACCUGAAACAGGAGGAAAACUAUGGGAAAAAUUAAAUAUUAGCUUUCACAAAGAAUAUGCCACUUUUGAUAAGGCAAGAGAGGAGCAACAAGAAAUUAAAAAACAGAAAGAACAGUCAUUUCUACCAGCAACUAGAUUCUCUGGAAUAAAAAGACAAAGACUUGAAAGCUCAGCUGAUGACAAGAAUGAGCUCCUCCAAAUGAUGAGAGACAUCAAGAGCACAGUUCAGGAAAACUCUGCUAUGUUAAGGAAACUACUCAAAGAAAACACAGUUCCUGAGGUCCCCAGCAGUACCAGCAUUCUUUAUAAAGAUGUUAAAACAUUCUUAAAUCUGCCUCUUAGAACCUUUGAUGAUGUGAACAGGACUGAAUUGGAGCUCAUGAACUCAACAACACGCCAAAAAUAUGUAAAAUAUCUUUCUAAGAUUAAAGGUUGUGGGCCAAAGGAUGUGAUAAAGAAUAUUAUGCAGCAAGUCCUGUCAGAUGAUCUGGCUAUACAGUUUACCUGGCAGGGGAGAGGAGAUAAAAAGCCUUUCUCUAAGCUUACUUUAACCGAUGUGAUCAGAGAAGCUGCAUCAAAACAAAGUGUAAUGAGGGAAGACUGUGAAACUGAAAUAAAAAAUUAUCUGUGGUCCAAAACUGAUCGAAUUGGUCAGAAGAGACCAAGGGAUUGUGGAGGUAUGACUUCUCCCACACUGCUGGACAGUUCCUCACAGUCAGGAAUGUCUUUUUUUUAAUGAUUUCUGAGUUUAAAACAUUUAUUCAUAGAUCAUGUAAGCUUAGCUGUCCACACAUUAGACAUUCAUUUUGUAAAGAAUAAUAUGUGUACUAAUCUAGCUUGCCACUGUGUGCUUCAAAUAUUGGCUCUUGCAAAAAAACGCUUAUAAUUCUCUUAAUUUUAAUUCAGUGUAAAUGUUUGUGGUUAGGAUUAGGUUGGGUUUUUUAUAUUGUUGUAAGACAAAAAUAAGAUCCAUCAGCCUUUAGUUGACUGGAGGAAAUAAUGAAAUACUGAAGACUGUGUUGGACUGUGGUAUCACUGCAUUCACUGUAAUUUUUUUUUUCAGGUGUAUUAUAGCAGUGGCUUUAUUUGCUUGAUCCAAAAAGGAUCCUUUCCUUAAUAUCAAAUUACCCAAAUGCAAUUAGUUGUGGUGUUUAAUACAAAUAGGCUAUUCCUU